AUAUACAAUUAAUCUAUAACUAUAACCUUGAAGUUGGACAGUGAAUGUAAACAGUAUAAUAAUUACAUCAAUUCGAGAUAAUACUUGUACGUACAAGUACGUAUAUUUGCAAGAUUCAUUUCACGUUCCAAAAGAUUGAAAUAUAUAUGGAUUACCACAUAUAAUGAAAAGCUGUUGUAAAAGAUAUGAAUAUGCCUGAAGAAGAGUAUGUGGAGAAAACAUUUAUAUAUAAAUUUCCAACAUGUACAACAAAUCAGGAGUACAUAUUGGAAGUACCAUUAAAAAUUCCAUAUCGUGGUUCUAUCAAAGAACUCAUGCACCGUUUAAUGUCAUCAUUCAAGUUACCAUGUUAUGUUGAAUCAGAUUUACUGAAAUCACUAGAGCAUACUAUUAAAGAGCUGACAUUACAAUACCAUGAUGAAAAAGCAGAGAAGGCUCUUGAAAGUGCUCAAUUGGGAAACUUAGAUAUUGAGGAAAUAAUAAAAAGUUGGGAAAAAAUUUACAAGCAACAAACAGUGGAAUAUGCUGAUCCAAUUGGAACAACUGAUGAAGAACUCUUUGCUACUGCAUAUCAUAGAUUGGUGCAUUCUCCAUCAUUAGAACCUAUUUUGCAAGCAGAACAUAAAUUUGGAAGAGAAGUUACUGAAGUAAUUCAGAUGAGAGACACACAUUAUGACCAACUCACACAAAAGCAAACCGAUGAAAUGCGUGUCGCUGUCGAAACUCUCGAGGCUGGGUCCACCGAAAAAUCUAUAAACGAGAUGGCGGGACGACACUUCGAGGAACAAAGUUUAUUGCAAGGUCACUGGGGAUCAAGAGUCGACGCCUUGAAAUUAGAACAAAGGCGUCAAUAUCGUAAUUGGAUUAUGAGAUUAUUGGAAGAACAGCAAACAAACAUGCUACCAACUCCAGUGGGUUCUCCGAUGGUGUCUAUGCCGUCAAUUCGACCGGCGUUAGACAAUUUUGUUCACAGCGAGGACAAAAAUACAGCGGACUAUCCAAUCUUGGAGGAAAGUUUCACUAUACAUUUAGGCUCCCAGAUGAAGCAAAUGCACAAUAUACGUAUACUGACCGGCGAUGUAUUAGACUUUUGUAGAAUAAAGAAGAGCGAGUCAGGAAUGGAUCCCACCCCACAAAGAUUGCAGACUGCUUUAGGAUUGUACUCUAACGACUUGUGCGGAUUGGUACUGCUGAGUGACAAUCAUUUAGGAAGUUAUUCGGGCAUGACAAAAGAAUUAUGCUCGAUAUGCCAGUUGACGACCGAGUUCCAUUUUCCACCGAUCGAUGAACAAUUGGAAAAGAUUCGAGAUGACGUAAAGGAUGCUGUUGCCUGGAGGCAAGCGCAUCACAAAGGAAACGACUCACAUGCGAAAAAGUCAACGACUAGCAAGAGCUUACAAACGGGCGACGUUUACAUCACGAGGCACUCAAACUUGGCCCAAGUCCAUGUAAUUUUUCACAUGGUAGUGAAUGACUCAUUGAGGUCUGGUGAUAUCAAUUCGAGACACCCCGUCAUCUUGGGAUUGAGAAACAUUUUGAAAACUGCUUGCUGCAAUGAUGUGACCACGUUAACCAUCCCCGUGCUCCUCGUACACGAAAUGUCCGAGGAUAUGACCGUGGCAUGGUGCACGAAAAGAGCAGAGCUCGUUUUCAAGUGCGUGAAAGGGUUCAUGAUAGAAAUGUCAUCUUGGGGCGGCGCAGAACUGAAGAAUCUGCAGUUUCUCGUGCCGAAGGGGAUGUCCGAAGAAGUGUUUGGUACUCUAGCCACGAUGUUACCAAGUAUAUUCCGAGUCUCGAAUCCAUUGGUGUUCAAAGCAACGAGCACACCUCAAACUCCAAAAAAAUGAACGACCAUCUUGCCACUGUUAUCAUACUCGUAUUAAGAAUAAUAAAAUAUCUGUUACUAUA